UUUAUCUUUAUAGGUAUAAUCAAGUCAGACUAGCCAUUCUGAAUGCUGUACUUCUGACAAUUCGUUUGGACCAGACAGCAGCUCUAUAUCAACACAUUAUAGCUAUAAUGUUCUACUGAAAAGAAAAAACAAUGGACAACUUAGCAGAUCCUCUGUACAGAAAUUGGGUGAAGGGUUCUUUGGGACUGAAGUACUUGAAACAAGGUCUCCAAUGUCCCGUGGAUCGCCUUGUUCAGACGCAAUAUAACAAACUUCUACGCAAGGUUGAAAUUUAUACAGGGUCCCCAGCCAUCAAGUGCACAGAGUGCACGCUAGACAAUCUACUUCCAGAACAUCCAAGAAAAAAAUGCAUUCAUGGAUACAAGUCUAAAUGUUUAUGUAAUCAAAAACAUGCUGGGCGUAGAAAAUGCCCAAAUAAUUUCUGCAGUUAUUUUUAUGAUCUGAUUAUUUUUGACCAUGAUGAGAGAAAUCCAACUUGGUCUAACACUGACCCAAGGCGAUGGCACAGUGAUCAUUGGUCUUUUGCACAGUGCUUUGUGUCAACAAGUGGGUAUUUGGAUAAACCUUCAGCAGCAGAGACUGACGCAGCUGGUCUUCUUUCAGUCAUUCUCAAUAACAUAGAGAUUAGAAGUUUUGUUGGCAAUGUUGAUAAUUUCACAAAAGCACGUGAUUGUCGUAACGCUCUCAUGCAUUCUACCAAUUUUGAGGUUCAAGAUGAUCAGUUGGAGCAAUAUAUUGAUACAAUGAUACAAGUGCUUAAGGAUGCGACUUUACUAGCGCAAGAGUCAGAAGCUAAAGCUGCUGUAGAGGAACUAAAUAAGCUGAAAGAAAAUCACUUAAUAAUUACUACUGGAGAUAUCACAAGUGUCCUGAAACGUGUCAUUGAAGAGAACACGAGAAGAGCUCAAUCUGAAAUUGAAAAGAGUAAACAACAAGUUAUUCAAACAUGUAUAGAACGGCUGAAAAUCUUUAAGGACUCGAUAUCUACAGUGGAAAGUACAUGCAUCAGUUCAAUAAUGCAGACAAACAAUAACGCAGUUGUCGAUAUCAAUGAUACUGCAAGGUCUGCUCAAAAUCAAUUAAUAGCUCUGGCAAGAAGUCAGGAGGAAAAAAUGGUGGCUGGAGCAAAGCAUCAACUUGAUUGUCACACAAGUGGUAAUGGACGGAGACUUGCGAAAAGAGCAAAACAGCUGGAAAAAGGAAUGAUUCAGAAAGCAAAAAGGUGUCGCUCGGACAUUGCCGAGGCCGCAAGUAAAGAGGUUAUAAACAUACAGACAUCAAGUACAGAGAGUGACAAUGUGCACUCUUAUUCUUCUGAAAAAUAUGAACAGAUGAAAACAGAUUUACGGUCUGAUUUGAUUACAUUCUAUCGAAAAAGACAUAGUUCACUGCCACUGUCUCCACUUCAAGAAGAGCAAGAUGCUCCGCUAAUUGAUUUCUAUGUAUCACCAACGUUGAAAGCUGUACACGGCAAAACGAGAGGGACAGAAUACAAAACCACAGUAUCAUACCCGGGUGUAUUUACUCAUGAUUCGAGAAAGUGCAUGGAUAUAUAUUUGACGUCACCCGUUGGAACAGGAAAGACUGCCUUUACCAAACGUAUGGCUAUUACAUGGUGUCAAGCUCAACAACCUACAGAUGAUUUCAAGGAAUAUUUUUCAGAGUUUCAAACAGACAUUGAUGUUAUGAAAACAUUUCCAUUCCUUUUUCUUAUUAUGUUAAGGGACGUCAGAAAAGAACACUGUGACGUUGACUCAAUGAUUCGUAAUGAAAUUCUCACAGACUUGUCUGGAAAGUAUACAGAUGAGUUUAUGAUACGCCUACUUCGGGAUGAAAAAGUUGUGAUUAUUCUUGAUGGUCUAGAUGAGUGGUCACACACAACCGCGGAUAAUGCAAUAUGCAAAAAGAUAUCGGAUAUUCCACACAGAAAAGCAAGAGAAAAUUGCACCAUUUUAACAACGACAAGAUCUUGGAAGCUUGAUGUGUUGCGAAUAUCAUCUAGCCAGAUGGAUCAUAAAAUCGAAAUUUUACCACUUGACAGAGUAGAUUCUAAAUGCUUAGUGAAACGAGCUACUAACUAUUUUAAUAACAAAUACAAGGAGAAAAAAUGUUAUGAAGACUUUAGGGAAAUAAGUGAAAAGAAACCUUUAGAUAGACUUAUACGUAUUCCCUUGAUUUUGAUGCAAUUACUUUGUUUGUGGUAUGACGGGGAACCAAUUGGUCAGUCUCUUUGUCAAAUUUUCACCAACAUUUUAGAAUUCUUGUUCAAAAGAGCUGUUAAAAAGUCGCCAAGAAUUGGAAGUAGCUCGACUCAUAGAAGGACUAUUCAUUUACAGCUUCCAAAAUGCUUUGAACAAACGGUACUCUGUAAGGAACAUGAGCAGCUUCUUUUAUCUCUAGGAAAGUUGGCUUUCAAGCAAUUGUUUUGUGCCGAUCGAAGUUCAAUGUUAGCAUUUGACUACAUCGAUGCAGAAAAUAUCUUAUCCAAACAGGACUUAAAUGUUGCAUUAGAAACCGGGAUCUUAACAGGGAAUAAGGUACAAACUUUAACCUCCAGACGUUACGUUUUAUCAUUUAUUCACAAAACAUACCAGGAGUUUCUGGCAGCUUUAUAUAUUUCUGCAUACGACGUGUUCCCAACUGAAAUAUUUACUUUCUGCGAAUCCGUCACUAGGCUUCUUGAUAUAUCCUACAUGUUUGUGUUUCUUAGUGGAUUAAACGGAUCGAAAAUGAACGAAAUGUGCCCUGCCAUUACUGAUGUUAUCUCCGACGAUAUUGAAAAGUACAGACGAACAUAUAAAAUUAAAUCUCCUAUAAAACAAAUACAGCGUAUCUUUAUUGAUUGCUUUGACGAAAACAAUAAAUGCGGAGGUCAAGGACUUCAACUUCCUCUUGCGGAUAUUCUAGUUGACGACUGGUGUGACGACUUUGAUAAAUUAAAUGCACAUUUAUUAAGGGAUGAGUUAAGAAAUAUAAAUCAUUACAUCUUGCAUGCUUUCCGGAAAAUGACAUUUCAGCACUUCUAA